GCCCACUGCGGGACGUCACGCGAGGAGGCUGCAUCUCUAGACUGCUACUUUGACCCGAUGAGCUUCUCCUGGCUGCCAGCAGACUGCUACGAUGCGGAGUUGACCGAGGCCUUUCUCGAGCUGAAGGAGUGGCAAUGGUUCACGGAUGCCGACGGAUCCCCGGCCCCGCGAGACGCUGUGAUGGCGGGCCUAUACGACCAGCUUUUCGUCUCGUGGGAGUAUCAUCUGCUGCACUGCACGUACGCUUGGCGGAAGAUGCAUCGGGCGCUGCUGCACGGCUGGCCCAUUGAUGACUAUAUUGCGCAGUACACGCACACGGCACACUGUGAGUCCAUGCUCCUCGCGCAGCAGAUCGACCGCAACAGCACC